AUGCCCCGCAUCCUCAAGAACCCCGACGGCACCGUCAACCUCGAUGCCGUCAACCGAGAGACGCAGUUCCUCAAAGGCAAAUACGCCCAGAAUGCGGCCAACAUCGAAAAGAACAAGGCCGCAGAAGAGCAGCACGGCGCUCCAGACCACCAGCAACCGUCAGCAGCAGCGUCUUCGGGCGACGUAGCACCUCCAACCGCGUCGGGCGGGCAGCAGUCGGACCAGCAGUCGCGGCCGGUCGAUUGA